UUCCUCACUCAUUAUUUACGAGAAAAGAAGCACAAUUUAGCGGGGUUACCUUGCUUUCGUUCAGAGGGACUGUUUUAAAGAAAAAUAUACCUAACUGCAUUGAGAAGGAAGAAGAAAACGGAAACUAAACGUUGAGUCGACUGUCGUACACCUGCGUUUGAGAUGUCGUCUUAUGGACUGUAUCACCAUCCUCAUCAGUCGUUAACGACGCUGAGUUCAGCGCGUGAGUUCUCAGGAGGAGAACAUGACCAGUAUUUGUGGAACAAGGGCAAUUUCUUCGGUGGAGUUGAUGAUGGGUUACUUGCUCGAGCUGAGGUUUUGGCUGCUGUUGACAUUUCUAAGCAAUCUUCACAACAGAUGAUGAAACACGAUGGACUAUAUGGCCAUACUGCAGACCUUGGGGGUCACAAUGCCACCCCUUCCCGUCAACAGUUACAGAUGCAUGGACACCCGUCAUUCGGCCCCACCGACGUUAUGCUUGAGCAGCUUACUUCUAACCCCACAAUGUCCCUGGGUGGGAUGUCCGACCAUCAUAUGAGCAUCGCCAACUCCCCACCCAUCAAUCAUCACAACAUGUAUGCACCCGUGUAUUCUCAUCCUAACCCUAUGGGUAACCAUCACGGGUUCGGGGGUCAUCAUACAGUUCACCAUACUAUGCAUGAUACAGAAUGUGAUCCAAGGGAGCUGGAAGCAUUUGCAGAAAGGUUCAAACAGAGAAGGAUAAAACUAGGUGUGACACAAGCUGACGUAGGUAAUGCACUUGCUAACCUCAAACUUCCUGGGGUUGGGUCCCUCAGUCAGAGCACGAUAUGCAGAUUUGAGUCGCUAACACUCAGUCAUAAUAAUAUGAUAGCACUAAAACCUAUCUUACAAGCAUGGCUUGAGGAAGCUGAGAAACAAGCCCGCGAAAAAAGAGAAGCAGAAGGUCAAGGACUUGCCUGCUCAGAAAAGAAAAGAAAGAGGACAUCUAUUGCUGCACCCGAAAAGAGAUCAUUGGAAGCUUAUUUCGCAGUUCAACCCAGACCUUCUGGAGAAAAAAUAGCUCAAAUUGCUGAAAAAUUGGACCUUAAGAAAAAUGUCGUGCGAGUGUGGUUUUGUAAUCAACGACAAAAGCAAAAAAGGAUGAAAUUUUCGGCAAUAGCUGGUCACUGAUUUUUAUUGUGAACAAAUGUUUGACGUUAUACACGCACAUUAUAUUGGAUAUGUGAAUUAUUAAUCUCGUAUCCAAGGAAGCCAUGUUGGUGAUACGUAACUGGAUAUGUGGAAUAAAGAACACGUGAAAUUACCUCAUAGUUUAUGUGUCCAGUUCAGGACGAGAAUGACCACUUACAUAGAAGUCAUUUAGGAGUCUGUAUAUGGUCAGGGGGUGUGCUGCGCUGACCCUUCGGUAUUUCACCGUUUUCUUUUUUAAUAACAAUAUUUCUCACCACCGAAUCUUUUUGUACCUGAGGAAAUGCUCUUAGAAAUAUGUAAAUGGAUCAUGACUUUUUAUGAAAUUGAUUUUUAUUUUUGUAAAUAGAAAAUAAUUUAUUUUAAUUGUGAAAACUUUUAAUUGUUGUUUAAAUUAUUUUAAGUUAUUAUUAGCCCAUUCCAUGAUUUUAAUUUGGAACUGCAAUUGUUUUAUUUAUUUACAUGUCGCAAUAAACAAAAUCAGAUUUAAACUCAAAAACAUUCCAUUCAAUUAAUUAUAUGUAAUAUAGUGCAACAUAAUUACUACUUAAACGCGAGUAAAAUGUUCCAAUUCGCUUUAGAUGUUAGAGCUAAACUUAAGAUGUGCAUAGGCACGAAUCUAUGUUCAUAGUAUUAAUACAAUAACCCUUCAUCCUAGGAUAUUAUAUUCAAUUGAUUUAUUUUAUUUUAAAUUUCUGAACGUCCAUCAUUAUCACACGUGCAGUCCUCUAUAUACGCUAGUCAUAAAGUUAUUAUUUUAACAAACGGUUACUUUUUUUAUUGACUUAUCAUUUGUCAAAUAAGCUAUUCUAAAUAGUAUUUUACAUCUAUUGUUUAUCAUCAUGAUUUAUUUAUGCGAAUCAUUUUAGCGGUGCCAAUGUCUGUUCCUAAUGCUGUAUCUCUGACUAGACUAGGGUGGGUUUAUUUGCAUAUAAAAUGUGGUUCCACUAAAUAUGUGUAUGAUCGCUAAUCACUGUGGCUCUACCCUGGUUCGCUAAUCACUGAGGGUCCUACCCUUUAUUAAGGUGGUAUAUAUUUCAUUUACUUAUAUUUUAUUUAUGUAUGUGUAUCCCCACCGUGCCCAAGUCUGUCACUCUCGGCUUCACCCUUCCUACGGCAAAAUUUUGUGGGUUGAUUUCUUUGUAUUUAUGUUUGUAAUAUAUAUUUAUUCCUUUCAAAAAGGGGGGAAACAUAUGUUUCUGAAAUAUUUGUACAUAUAGUUUAACAUAUGGGCAAAAAUCAAAAUAUAAACAAUAAUUUUUUAAUUGAAAGGGUUGUUUUUGUGAGAAUUUAGUUGUAAUGUUAAGAUAAAAGAUUUCCUUAAAAUAUGCACAAAUUCUUAUAUGACAUAUAUGUUUUCGAUAAAAUAACAUAUUGGCAAACAUGGUUUGCCUAAUUCUCAAAUCUAUUAAAAUAUAUUGUUUACUAUUGCUUAUUUAUCUUGCUUAACAAAAUUUGACAAUUAUUUUUCAAUUAACAUUUUUAUUUCGAUUGUUUCACCCAAAUUCAAUUACUAAGAUGCAUUUCUCUAUAAUCAUAAAAACAUAUGUACCGGAAUGAAAUUGUAUCAUUAUUGAGAUGGAGAAAUUGUAUCUUCGUAAUCUCUUAUGCGACAUUUAUAUGUUUGCUCUGUCAGAUGGUAGCAAAUUUCCAAAAAGCCCCGCAUUAAUAUAGCCAAGUGGCCGUAUUACAGGUAUCAACUUCCUGUAAUUGGUCCUUACAAUAUGUUAUUGAAUUGUUAGAAUAUUAUUAGUUCUUUAUUGGUUUCCAAUGCCGCGCGGCCCCGUCAGAUGUAAUAUUCCCCAGAACAGUUGAUAUUUCAGCUAUCUGAUAUGGCACCUACUACAAGGAUUAUUGUGACAUUUAAUGCAAGUUCUUCGACAAAAACAGACGGUCGUUGAAUCACCAUUGGGGUACAUUAAGGGUAGUGACAAAUUUUCUAGAUUUAAACAAAUCUCACAUUUACUACUGAAACGUUAAGUAUAUCUUAUCUUAACGUGAUCAUCUAGUCCCUGUUGAAAUUUGUUGAAUGCAAAAGCCUUCUAUGAUCUGGUUAUGUUGUUUCUGUCGUUUGCUAGAAAUACGAUAAUUCCGAAUUAGAAACCCUCUGGGGAGCCUCCAUGAUAGUGGCUGUUGUAUUGAGAUAAUGAUCUAAUGUCGCGAGGCACUCGGAAGAUGGAAAUAAUGUAAUUGAGUACAUAAACAUAGGCGACCACUGUAAAGGCACCGGUUUGCAGUACAGAGGCAGCGAGGGGACAAUUUACUGACCAUUCAGAGAGAGGAGGAAGUGCUCCCAUCUGAGCCUGGAGCUAUGUGUCCCCACUGUCACCUGCUUUCUGUCAUUGGAAACACUGUGCUGCUAGUGCUUCCCAGUAAUUACAAAUAGUCAUCAUACACAAUUACUAUUAAGAAAUUGUCACAAAGGACAGCUUUUGUUAAUACAUUGAUUGAUUUUUACCUGGAGAGCUAUAUUUGCUCUAGGGGUAUAAGGCGUUUCACCAAAGGGAAACGCCGUGUUCCCUACAUCAACACUGUUGUAUUAAGAUAUACUACAAUUUUAUGGUCGUAUUUUUAUUAUUACAAAAUGCAAUGUUUUAUUGUUUUUAUUUAUACAAAAUAAUAAAAUAUGAUGAAGAAAAAA